UUUGAAUAAUUUGACUAAGCGAUACUCUUGAAUAGAAUUAACAUGGUUUGUUUAUCAGCUGGUCAGCGCAUGUGAAACGGACGAGCGUUAUCGGCUUAUCGGAAGGACUGACUAUUCCUUAUCGGACUUUUUCUCUCAGGGUUGCAAUACCCCCACUACUUUCUUCUGACCUGGACCAUUCUUCAACUCCUGAAAUUCACUAUAAUUACGAAAAGCCUGGGCUGGGUAAUUCAUCAAAUACCCAUAAAUCCAAAAUAUGGGCCGCUCCUCUACGCCGCUCUCCGCAGAGCUCCCACCUCUCAUCCUCGGUACCGCCACGUUCAACCAUCAAUACAACGAAGACCCUUUUUCUCUGCCGACGACGAAUAUCGUGCAUCAUGCCAUGACUCUCGGAAUCAGAGCCUUUGACACCUCUCCAUACUACGGUCCCUCAGAAGAAAUCCUCGGUCGUGCUUUGAGCACAGAUUACGUGCGGAAAGACUUUCCCCGCCACACAUACCGCCUGCUCACCAAGGUGGGCCGAAUAGCGGGCUCAUCAUUCGACUAUUCGCCGGCUUUUGUUAGAUACAGCGUCAGACGAAGCUUGAAAAGGUUACGGACUGAUUAUUUAGACGUCGUUUACUGUCAUGACGUGGAAUUUGUUAGCCCUGGCGAGGUGGUGGAAGCCGUCCGCGAACUUCGUCGGAUUCGUGAUACGGAGGGGACUCUUCAAUAUGUCGGUAUAUCGGGGUAUCCAGUAGACGUUUUGUGCUCUUUAUCGGAACUUGUACUGAAAGAGACGGGCGAGCCUCUGGAUGUGGUCAUGUCAUACGCCAACUAUACUCUACAGAAUACUACGCUUUUGACAAAAGGGCUACAUCGCCUUCGCGCCGCAGGUGUGGAUGUCGUUCCUAAUGCGUCUCUCUUGGGAAUGGGCCUAUUGCGUAAUCAGGGAGUCCCCGUGGGAGCUCAUGGGGACUGGCAUCCUGCACCCAACGGACUGAGAAGCGCCAUUAGCAAGGCGGGGCAAUGGGUGAAUGCGAAAAACGAAAAGCUUGAGGCGGUGGCUAUUCGUUAUGGGCUGGAGUCUUGGAUGAAAGAGGCAUCCUCUGUUGGUGCAUCAGGUAUCCCAUUGAACUCAGUAGACCCGUCUACAGCCUACCUCGGCACCGGCGAACGGCGAGGGGUUAGCGUUCUGGGUGUCAGUUCACUGCAGGAGUUAGAAGAGAGUGUACGGAUAUAUCGAGACGUUUUAGACAAAGCCGAAGAAGACAGGAAUGGGCCGGCUCAGAUAACCGAGUUGGCGACUGGUGUUCGAUUGAUUAUUGGCCCAGAAUGGGUCGACUAUGCCUGGCCUAGCCCUGGCGCCGACUUCGUCAAUAUGCUUCCCGAAGGAAACGAGUUUUUGAAGGAGGACCCAUUCCAGCCCUCCUACACUGCUGCCUCGGAGAAAGUGGAGGGACUUGCUGUGAAUGUCAGCGAGGUCAAGGAGGCGUUAACCCCGCCUCCGGCGUAAAUUAUUUCAACAUAUAAAAUAGACCGGUCUCUGAUACAUUAAAUCUUUACCAUACACCCCUAGUAACAGUAAAGUCGUGACUGCUCGGCGAAAACGUUUACAAGUCCCACUCUUGACAUAUGAAGACGCAAGGAAAACGCGUAAAUCCAUCGAUAUACCCGAUCCUAGUACCAAUAUAGAAGGAAGCGCCGAUAGAGGCUGAGGGGUCUUUGAUUUAUUAUUGCGACUGGCUGCUUCUGAAUUCAAUUAUUUCAAUUCAUUAAAUCUCUAGUU